AGGUUAGCAAAUCGAUCCGGAAGGAGACGAGAGGAGCCGCGGCGCAGCGAAGGGAGGCGUGUGGGUGGUGAUCGCGCAAAUGGAUCAUCAGUUCGGCGGUGGGAGCUGGAUGAUGAUCCCGACUCAGAAUCCGCUAAGUCAUGACUUCCAUUCACUCCAGCCCCAAUUUUCGUCGCAGCAACAACCGCCGCCGCCACCGCUCCAGCAGCAGCAGCACCCGUCGUUGGCCUCUCACUUCCAUCUUCUACCUUUAGUAGAACGGUUAUCAGAAGCAAUUGAUAUUGGAAACCGUGAUCAACACUACGAGUCAUUGGUUACUGAACUGAAUACACAAUUUAAAAAGUGUCAGCAACUCUUAGACUCUAUUUCAGAAAACAUCAGUUCAAAAUCUAUGACUGUUGAAGGACAAAACCAAAAGUUGGAAGAAACUAAUCGACAACUUGGUCAAAGGAGGGAUCUGAUUAUGAAGUAUAGAAGUCAUGUGGAAGAUCUGGUUAAGCCCGAGAAUAGUAGAUGACGGCACUUCCAUCUUUUGAUGGCUGACCUAGACAUGCCAAUUUGUGUAAGCUAACAUAUUUUGAAAAAGCUGCCUAAUGCCAUUCUUGGCAAUGUGGUUACUAAGAUUUUGUAGACCAUUACAAUCUCUUCAUCAUUUGAGACCAAAAGGCUUACAUUACAGAACAGAGAUGUGUUAUGAUAUUCUUAGUGUUUGCUUACAGAGAUGUGCUAUGAUAUUCAGUGAUUAAUUCUAAGACUGAAGUCUCUGAUCAGUAAUUUGCACAA